AUGUUUUCUUUUUUUUAUACGUCGUCGUUGGACAUCAAUCGAUGUGGUAAAUUAGGAAGGUUUUUGGACGUCGGGUAUUCACCAAGUCGCUUCACAAUGACAUCCUUACAGCGACAACUUGAGAGACUUCGGCUUCCUCAGACUAAAGUUAUCCAGUCAUAUGACCAAAAAAAGAAAGUGUCUUUACUCUUUGACAAAGGAGAAGCUGCUAACAUUGAAAAGAAAGCCUUCUACGAAAUUGGCGUCAAUGGCCUUAAUGAGUUGCAGAAUUUUGACAAAGUCUUUAUGGAAUUUGAGUCUGACCUUUUCACUGAGGCAUCCAUUCAGGUCAAUCGGUCAGUGCAAGCGCAAGAGGUGAAUGACAAACUGAAUGCCGUUAUAAAACGAUUUCUGUUAUGUGUCUCUCCUUAUUGCCUUCUGAAACCAGCACAGAAAACAUUGGAAUGGCUUCUCCAAAGAUUUGAUAUUCAUUUGUACAAUCCUAACGACUUGAUGAAAUGUGUACUACCUUAUCAUGAAGACAAAUUAUUUAUACGAGUUGUGCAGCUUCUUGAUCUUCAAAAUGAUGACAGGUGGAAGUGGCUUCUUAGUCUACAGAAAGAUGGAGAUCAUUUACCGCGUCAAGCAGUGAUUAAUCAUUGUGUCAGUGACUUGAAUUUUCUUUUGUUUAUUCAAAACAUGGUCUCAGAUUAUGUUCAGGAAUUUUCCAAAUCUCCUCCAGUGGAACCCCGACUUCGGCAUGUCUUUGUGUUCUACACUCAGGUUGUAUGUGGAAUUCUGAAUACCCAGGAGCUAUCCGAGAAGCUUACUGGUGUUGUGAUCCCUUUCAUGGGAGAAGGUCUUCGUGGGAAAUUUACAGAUUACAGAUCAAGCUCCUUGAUGAUUUUAGGCAUUAUCCUUACUCAUUGUAAACUCACAGCUGCUGUCCUGAAAUCAUUUCUUGUUACUCUCACAAAAUAUACAGUUAACUAUCCAGAUACAUUUGAAGAGGCUUUGUGUUGUAUUAUUCUAAUAUUCCAGACACAGAAUAUAAAGAAAUUAAAAAGAAGAUUUUGCAAGUAUUUGGUUGCUUAUCCACAGUUUGUGGUGGUUCUUGAAAAACUUGGUAAACAAUUCAAAUUGGAUCCUUUCUUAGUUGCUUUCUUCCAUCAUCUUGUCCCUUAUGCUUUGGGGAAUUCUUCAAGUGCUGUCACAAGUGGAAGUUCCGAAGAUGAUCUGAAUAUAUCAUGCUCCCAAUACAAGAAGGUCCUGCACAACAUGCUUCUGUACAUUCCCAUGGAAACAUCAACAUCUUUCAAUGUCGCUUCAUGUGUCCUCCAGGCAUACAUUAAACAAUGUAGUGAACUUACUGACUCUAAUAACUUCCAGCUUAUCUGUGGAAUAAUUAGAUUAUUGGAAUCCAAACAUGCUCUGGCUCUUGAUGAAUCAGUUCAGAUGUGUUUGAAGAAUGAGUCUUGCCCAAAGGUGAAGGAAGCAGUGUUUUCCCUCUUGAAUUCUUCUCUUGAAUCUGCUCGGUUUAAGAUGCUGCCUGACUUAGGAGUGAGUCUUACAUUUGGCCUACAUCACCCAGAGGCUGAAGUUCGCAUUCAGGCCAUCAAUUUUCUUGUCAAGCAAAAAUUCAAUGUGGCAGAAGACAGCACGUUUUAUGAAGAAACCUUAUUAAUGAGAUUAAAGGAUGAUUCUCCAGAUGUUGUGCUUACUGUGCUUAAGGCUGGUAAGAUUUUGUGGACUUUGAUGGACCAUCGGAAAUUAUUUUCAACUCUGGUGGAAAUUCUAAUUGCAUCUGACACCAAACAAAAUUGGCAAACACUCGACUUGUCUGCAGUGAAUGUGUUGAUUACUUGUCCAGAUCAGAAAAUGUAUCCUGACAUUUUGGUUUCUUUAUUUCCGUUCCUCAUUGUUAUGUCUACCUCAGACAUUCCACUUUUGGAAAGUGUGUUGAAAAGUAAAUUUGCAACUGCAAACUCACUAUCUUCAGAUCUAUGUGACAGCAAAAGUGCUAAGGAUGUCAUUGCUCAAGUCAUUAUCAAAAAAGUUAAUGCAUCUCCUCACAAUGAACGACUCUCUUUGAUGGCGUCCAUAUUCAACAGCUUGCCAAAUCAUUCAUCACGUAAACCUAUCUAUCUCUGCUUUUUGCUCAAUGUCUUCUUCGAAAUUUAUGAACAACAAAACAAACUUAGUAAACUUUCAUAUGAACUUUGUCUUUUAGUUCUCAAUCAUCUCAAGAAAAUCUUGCAUAAAAAAUCUGAAAUCCAAAAAGACAUGAAGAAAAAAUUGAUGCCAUGGGCACAACAUUUUUCAACUGACCAAUUCCGCAAGCAACACUGUGCCAAGUUCUUGGGAGACUGGAUCUCUUCAUUGAAGAUUAUUGAUUCUCUCAAAAUUGGUGGCACAUUUUGGGAAUAUCGUAAUGAUGGAAGCAUAGAAGAUGUUUGUAUUCAACUCAUCAUUCACCUUUUUGGGCUUUUGGUAAAAAUUUCCUCAAAGUAUGAAGAGUUCCAGAAAUCAGAACAAAAGCUGGUCAACAUCUUUCUUGGAGAAAUGCUGCAUCAUGAUGUCUUUGACAAAUUCUUGUGCUUUCUUUGGACAAGUGACACUCAAGAUCACACCGUGACAAUCAUUAACCAACUACAGUUGUCUGCCUUAAAGACAGGUUACAUUUGGAUAAAAUCUGUAGCUCCCAAUUAUGUCAGAAAAUGGAUGUUGUCCCCUGUGCCAGUGAUGGUGAGUAUGAUUGUUGCUCUUGGGAGUAAAAUGGAUAUGGUGAGACAUGCUGCGGCCAGUGUCUUGCCAGUCGUCUACCCACAAGGACAUCGAAAAGAACUUCCUUACCAUUUUUUCCUCAAGAAACUUAUUGCCAAUCUAAACCGGAUCAAAUCAAACAGCGAUCUCUCAAAAGUUAUCAGUGAAAUUAUGUUGAAUGAAGAAAGCGACGACUCUGAUACAGAAAAGUCCAAAGAUAUUUCUUCCAGGAAGCAAGCAAUAAAAGACAUUUUUGAUGUGAUCAUCUUGGAAGCAACCCCAUCUUACAUUAUCAAUUCUAUACUCAAUGCAUUUAGAGAGUUUAACAGCAUUGAAUUGGUGACACAGUUAACACCCCUGUUGAGUCGGCUGCUUGGCUUGGCCAAAAAAAAUGCAUUGACUAAAAGUCAACUGCAAUCAUUGCAGUGUUUAUUAGAGCGUUUUGACAAGGAUAUUGCUUGCCACUUGACAGUCAGCACCUGUACCCUGCAAUUAUUUUGCAAGGCUAUGAGCAUCAACCAAUCGGGGACUGUAGAACCUCAAGAAACACAAAUACAAGAGCUGGCUAUCAAACAGGUUGACAAAGAGUUUUAUAUGAAUUUACCAAAUGAUGAGAGUCAACAGAAGGUGAUUUCUUGUUUGUUCAAUGCUUGGGUUGAGGCAACUACAAUGAGCACACCAGAGCUCAUCAGAAAGUCCUUGAAACAUUUCCCCAUGAAGUCAUCUUAUUUGGAAGCAGAACUGAAUAUCUUUGAAAAAACUCCCAUUUACAGUACAGUGAGAGAAAAUAAAAGAAUUCAAAAGCUGACUGACUUGAAAGAAGGCAAUGAACUGGACAGUCUCCAGUGGCAACGUGUCACUAUUGUCCUUGAAAUUUUACAGAAUAAAAAGAAACUCAGCAAACCUGGAAUUUUACUGCCCAUCUGCUUUAAGUUGCUCUCAAGAGUGAUGGAAUUAGAAGAAAAUAAUUCAGCUGAGUAUUUGAAACAGUUGUUAUUGUCAUGCAUCUGUAACCUUUCCGGUCGAAUGAUUGGUGAUCCUUGUCUUCUAGCUGAGUUGCAGUCGAGCAAAUUUAAUAUGGAGUUAAUUGUGAAGUGCAUCCGUUCAUCAAGCAGCCCCCAAACGCACCACCAUGCCCUCCUUUUGCUUACUGUAGCUGCCAAAAUUAAUCCGGAACUUCUACUACAUAAUGUAAUGGCUGUCUUCACAUUUGUUGGUGGCACAAUGGUACGACAGGAUGACACUUACACUUUCAACAUGAUUUACCGAACAUUAGAAACAGUCAUUCCUCCCCUGCUGGCUGCAUGUGAAGAAAGAGCAAAGACAAGUCAGCAAGAAAUUGGCACCGUGGAUGAUGUGGUUGUCAUGGUGCUGAAAGUCUUUGUGGAUGCUUUCCCUCAUAUUCCAUCUCAUAGGCGUGUCAUGCUAUUUCCAGAAUUAACACGAAUCAUUGGACAAGGCAAACAUCUUUGGUGUUUGUUGCUGCUGCUUAUAGAACACUUUGUUGUCCAUGGUUCCACCAAAAGCCAUACAGAGAACCCAGAGACAAAUGAUGGUCUCCCAUUAGAAUUGGAAUUUUGUCUGAGUCUCAGUGUCCAGUUCCCUCCUGAACAACAACUUGAUGCCAUUUACAACAGCAUUCUUUAUUUGUCUAAACUUCCACCCACAACAAAACAGGGAACUAUGAAAGUAAAACCACCAUUACCAGAGAAACUGAGUCAAUGGCGAAGUGCUGAUGUUGAAAUCUUUAAUAUUAAUCACCAUACAAACAAACGCCUUUGGCAUUUCAAAUAUGCAACCAUCAACUUUUUUGUCAGUUUGCUCAGCUCAACUGAUUUCAUCAGCCAGAUUACAACCACUUCUGAGACAGUCUUGCAGGAUAAUUACCAGAAACUUCUAGAAACCAUUCUGCAUUAUUUAAGUAAUGUUUCCAAAAUGACAGAAAUGCGGCAAGACCCUGAACCUGCACGCUUCUGGAAAAUGCUACGCAAUCAAGUGUCAAAUCUUUUGGAUAAGGUAUGCAGUCUCCUGCCAGAUAAUGUGUUUAUUGAAGUUGUCUCAACUCUAGUUAAUCACAAACUGACCACUGUCCAGCGGAAAUCUCUGGAAUUGCUCAAUUCUAAAUUACAACAGUUCACAGACGAUCUUCACGAAGACAUUCUACAACUUCUUUUGCCAUUGGUUAAAAAAUUGACUGACAUUGUUGAAACAAAGCUCCUUAUUGAACAUUCAGUUGAUGAAACGAACAUUAUGAUUGGUCAAACAGCUCUCUUCUCUUUGAAGCUGCUUUGUCGUCGUUUGGCAGGACGAGGAGUCAAAGAAUUCAACCACACAUUGAGUGUGGCGACUGCAGUGUUGAAACAACGUCAAGACAGCGUGCAACUGGUGGCAUGUUCUGUUUUGUGUAUUGGUGAAGUGUGCAGUGCGCCAGUCAACGAUGCGUUUCUCUUAAAACAAUUUUCACUUACAAUGCCUUCUGUUAUCACUCUUUUCAAAAACACAGACUUUCUUCUUGGAAACUCUUUGCUGUUGCUGAGUACGGUCACGAUGGUGCAUCGAAUUGUUGAACACAAAUCUGUUUUUCUCAGUCCUUACUUGUCAGACAUUUUGCAAUAUAUCUGUUUUCUCUCCUCAUUGGAAUCGCUUGACAUCCAAAAUCUUGUUCAACGUUUAAAGGCUGUCAGAAGCAUUGUUGCGAUGUCUAUUCCAUCACGAGUGCUGAUUCCAACAGUUUCUGAGAAUUACAGCAUUUUUCUGGCAGAGAAAACCAAUUGUCUUCCAUGUUUGAUGACCAUUCUGAGUGAACAUAUUGCCAAUAAAAUGAAUAAAGAUGAUGUCAUCAGUUUCUUGGAGGAAUUGCAACAGUUUUUCUUCAUUUGCCUUGACUUCCGAUUAGAUUCAAAUGAGGUUGACAAAGAGAAUUUGGAACUCAUUGAAAGUGAAGUCAUAACAGCCAUCAUUAAUACGGUGAUGAAAUUGUCAGAAGCCAAAUUCAAGCCAAUGUUUCUCAAGUUUUAUGAUUGGGCCACAACAGAUGAAAGAAAACCUCUUCGUGUGUUGGUCUUCUAUCGCUUAGCUGACAGUCUUGCAGGCAGUUUGCGAAGUUUAUUCCCCAUGUUUGCAGGUCACAUUGUCAAACACAUGGCACAUGUCCUUGAUCAUAAUCACAAAGAUAAAAAUCCAAGUCUAAAAUGGAAAAAGCACACGUCCACUUUGCUGACUUACAUUUUUGAUUGUGCACAUAAGUGUUUCCUUUAUGACACAGAUGGAUUUGUCAACAAGGAGAGAUUUGAAGUGCUAAUGCAGCCGCUUGUUGAUCAGUUUGAAAAUGUGCAUGGACGAAAAUACACAGAACGUGUGAUAAGUCAUUUGGUGCCCUGCUUGGGUCAACUGGCUGUAGCCACUCAUGAUGACAUUCUCUGGAAAAGCUUGAAUUAUCAAGUGUUAUUGAAAACAAAACACACAGAAAAAGAGGUUCGAUUGGCUAGUUUAGCCAUGUUGAAUGAGCUUCAACAAAAGCUUGGAGAAGCAUACAGCACUCUCCUGCCAGAAACUGUUCCGUUUUUGGCAGAAUUGAUGGAAGAUGAGGAGGUGGAGAAACAAUGUCAAAUGCUGAUCAGUGAAAUGGAAAAAACCUUUGGGGAAUCACUACAGAAAUACUUCUGA